CAUUAAAGUUAUUUUCAGAAAGAAUGUUUAUCUAAGAAAAAUUAUAAAAUUUGACACUUCCACAUAUUUGUUAACAAAAUUAGAGAAAUUAUAGAAAACGUAAAAGUAGUAGUGAAUCUUGAAUUUAGAACUUGGACAAAAAUCAGAUAGAAAAUUAGACUGAACAAUGUCUUCCAGUGAGGCCAAGGAAAAAAUCGUCGUUGAUGAAGAACGCGAAUUCAAGGCGUAUCCAUACAGAUGGUUAAUAUUGACUCUGUUCAUCUUGUGUUCUGCUUCAAAUGCAUUCCAGUGGACCCAGCUUGUUAUAAUCACCUCUAUCCUGGAGAAGUACUACGAUGUGUCCACGUUGUACGUGUACUGGAGCAGUAUGAUCUUCAUGCUCACCUACAUUCCUUUAAUAUUCCCAGCAACCUGGCUUCUUGAUAAGAAGGGUUUACGGAUUGGGAUUCUACUCGGUGCCCUUGGUACUUGUGCUGGAAGCUGGAUUAAGGUUUUUUCCACUGGUCCGGAUCAGUUUUUCAUCACAUUCAUCGGUCAAACUGUAGUAGCGGUCAGCCAGAUCUUUGUUCUAGGUAUACCAGCUGAACUAGCAGCUACAUGGUUCCCAGCUCAUCAGGUUAGCUCUGCUACUGCUAUCGGUGUGUUUGGAAACCAGCUGGGAGUAGCACUUGGAUUCGUUCUUCCAGCAGCUGUUGUAAAGGACCAGGAGAACAAGGAGGAUUAUCAUCUCAUAGGAGAUGAUCUAUACACUAUGUUCUUGGUUGUUGCAAUCUAUACUUCCAUUCUCUUCGUUCUUAUUGUCAUAUUUUUCAAAAAUGAGCCUCCAACUCCACCAACCAGAGCACAACAAAAUAAGAAGGAAAACAAGGAAUCUUAUGUUCAGUCCAUCAAGAAUCUGCUCCGAAACCGUGGAUAUAUCCUACUCCUAUUGACCUAUGGUAUGAAUGUAGGAGUAUUCUACGCUAUUUCAACACUUCUCAACAGUACUGUCGUAAAACAUUUCCAUUAUGAGGGAGUAACUGAGGAUGCUGGGUGGAUAGGUUUAGUGAUAGUUCUAAGUGGAAUGGCUGGUUCAAUGCUCUGUGGAAUUAUUCUGGAUAAAACUCAUCAGUUUAAGGCGACUACCUUGACUGUGUACAUAUGCUCGUUUAUUGGAAUGAUACUGUACACUUUUACCUUCAGGUGUGGUUACAUCUGGAUAGUGUAUGUGACUGCUUCAAUGCUUGGAUUUUUUAUGACCGGCUACCUGCCUCUCGGGUUUGAAUUUGCAGCCGAGAUAACCUACCCGGAGUCGGAGGCAACCUCCAGCGGUCUUCUUAAUGCCUCCGCCCAGGCCUUCGGAGUAGUCUGCACCAUGUUCGGAGAAUGGAUGUUCAGGAUUCUAGAUGAUAGAAUAGCAAACUGUUGUUUGGCUGGUUUGUUACUAGUUGGAGUUUUUCUUACUGCUGCCAUUAAACCCGACUAUAAAAGGCAGGCUGCUGUUAUUGCUGAGAGAGAAGAAAACAAUCAAGUUUAAAUUACACAAGAAGAAAACAAUCAAGUUUAGAAUACACAAGAAGAACAAAAUUCAUGUUAGCAAGGACAAUUUCUAAUAAUAAACAGCCAGAGCCCAAAAAUAAUAUUAAGCCUAAAAACAAAGAAAAAAAUAAAGUAUAAAACCCAAGAUUACAAUCAAGUCUAAACCUUAAGUCUUAAACCCAAUUGUAAUAUAAAUUUGAGCCUAAGAUUAAAAUCAAGCUUAAAAACCCCCCUAAAUAUUAAUUUUAGAACCCAAAAAUUAAAUAAAAUUUAAAACUCAAAAAUAAAAUCAACUCUAAUACCAAGGAUAAAAUCAAGUCUAAACCCUGGGAUAAAAUAAAGUCUAGUAAUAAGGAUAAAAUCAAGCCUAAAACCCAAGAAUAAAAUCAAGUCUAAUACCAAGGAUAAAAUUAAGUCUAAAACCCAAGAAUAAAAUCAAGUCUAAUACCAAGGAUAAAAUCAAGUCUAAAACCCUGGGAUAAAAUCAAGUCCAAAACCCAAUGAAGAAUAAAAUCAAGCCUGGAGCCCAAGAAUAAAAUCAAGUCUAAAUCACACCAUUAAAAAACAAGUCUAAAAUCCAAGAACAAAGUCUAUCUUGAUUAAUAAAGUCCAUAGUUUAAUCAACCAAAUACAAAAUCAAGUAAAAUCAAAGCCAUGCAAGAAUUAAAUCAAGUCACAAAAAUCUUUGAAAUGCUAAUCAAAUCAAGAUGAAUCAAGCAAAACUAAAAAACAACAUAAAAUGAAAAUGCUAAAAUGAAGACUACAUUUUUUAAACGAUUUGCUUUCAGGAUUUAACUUGGCUUUCAGCAGAAACUUUGCAUUUACACAAAUACUAAAAAUGAAAAACUUCUUAUAUUAUUGGAAGUUGAUUUUGUGAAAAAAUGCUCUUUUUUAUAUUAUACCGUAAAGCAUUGGAACUCGUGUAUAUUGGAAUUGAUCUAUUCCAUUUGCAACUUUAUUGUUGAGUUCGUCAUUCUGUCUUUUUCAAAUAUUUUUUUUUAUGUAUUAAAAUUGUAAACAUUUUCAAUACCCAUUUAGGGCCAAACAUUCUUCCUGAAUUAUUUAAAGAAGCAAAAAAGUAUAUUGUUCUAGAGAAGAAGAAAAAGCUUAAAAACCAUUUUAAUAUCAUAGAACCGACUUUAAACCCGGAGCUGAAAUCGUUGAAAAUUUUCAUUUUUUUUUAAUUCUGUAAAGUAGGUUUCAACAAUUUUUAUAUUGAAAUGUUUUUUUCGACUUUUUUCUCGAUUCACAAGCUUAUUGUAACAGUAUAUACUCACUUCGUCAAAUGUAACCUUUUUGCUUAUGAUGAUUCAUUUUAUACAUCGUCUUUGCGUGCAAUCGCUUUAUCGGCCAUUAUAGUUCAAUGAUGAAUUCGAUGUGUACAAUCGUGUCUGAAGACAAUCACCUUUCAAUCAUUUCUGUAAAUGGACAAUUUCUAAUACAGUAUAAACAGUUAACGAUAAUUAACAAUGUGAAUAUAUUAAUAACUUCCCUGUCUGCUUUUUUAUUUUUCCUGUAAUCAUAUUUAAGUAGAAAGCUGAUGAUAUCAACUAAAAACUGUUAAACGUGCCAAAUGUUGUAAAAACGCUUUCAAAUUUUUUAAUCAAAAUAUUUAAUUUCAACUUUGAAUUUUAAGCUUUAAAAUAUUGAACUUUUGUAAAAAUAUUUAAAAUGGAAUUAUGUAAAUAAGACGUGCAUAAAUUUUCAAAUAUGUGUUUAUUUUGUAAUUAUAAAUAUAUUGUUCAGUGUUAAUGGUAUUUUAUCUUAUAUUCUUUAUAUUUCAGCUUUAUACACUUACAGGGUUAUACGCAAAGUAUGUGACUUCAACGACGACUGAAUUGAUUCAGGAUGUCCCACGAAACAUGACAAUUGGUGAAUAGUUUUGAAUGUCUUCUUCCAUAUACUGUAUUAGAUAUUAAAUAGUUUGUGUCGCAAGAAAAUCUCUUAUACUUGAAUAAUGUUUAACUUGAAUAAUAUUUUACUUUGAAAUAAAUUUUACUAUACUUUAA